GGACCCGCCCCUGCCGGGGGAGAGGCGGAGAGCGGCCCCGCUCUUGUCCACGGCGGCGGGACUCCUGAAGCUCCACUCUCCGGGCGCUUGCCUGAGGAUAGCAGGAAGCUCAGCCCAGCUUUCAAGUGUCACUGUGACUGACUGCAGGGAGGGAGGAGUUGCCAGCGAGUCCAGCAAGGCCGCCUGAGCACUUGCACGGGCUGCCAGGAUGCAAUCCGAGGCUUAGAGAUCCCGCUUCUGUGCCGCUCUCCUUUGUGUCCACCCCGGGGAGGGGAAGUGCAAACCAACCGCUUCCUCUUGGAGGGCUUUCAAGUGGCUCCAAGGGAAGCCCGUUAACUUGCCGAGCACCAGGGGAUGUGGAGUGAGGGAUUGUCCCUCUGACAAUGAGGAUCCAUGUUCUCAGAGUUCACCGAGCACCUGGAAGAACGUAAGUGGCAAAGACUGGAGACCACAUGGAAGAAACGAAUGCAGAAGGGAUUUCUCCCUGCAACGGCUGUGACAGGAUUGUACAGUGCUGUGGAUACGCCUUUUCCUCCCAUUUCUUCUGCUUGAUAUUUGAUCUCGGACCUUCGGGGGCUGCUGGUUAUGGUGGUAAUGGGCACUAACUGUUCACUGGUGUUUCUCUCUUCCGUUGGGCAGCUUUGAAUGAUCUCGGUGGGGAGGACAUAGCAGCCAUUCUUCCAUAAUUCUGGAAUAACCUGUUGGUUCCCGGUACUGGGAGAGCCCAGUUUAGAGGUUGCUGCUUGGAAUGAGGACAGUUGCAGCUAAGUCAUCAGUACAUUUUCCCCUUGUUUGCCCCCCACAGCCCUUGCUUCAUGAACACAGGAGGCAAAAGGGAGGACGUUAUCCAGGUAAUUAGCCUCCGAGCAUGGACUUGGUGACAGACAAAAUAACUCUGUAAUAAUUCCCACCGUGAGUGUGCCUGAGAAGCCGUCCAGCCUUCCUCUGUACUAUGAAUUGCUGGGGUGGCACCCCACUGACUUAAUACAGGACUGAGCAGCAGUGCUGCUCUGGGGGAGAGACACAGAUUUCCUGACUUAACCUCCUAAGCCUUCUGUCUGCUCCCAAAGAGCAGUGUGGACACCGAACUGAUUGGGCUAGCUCAGACCUUUGAGGUGGCUGUCUGGAUGGCUAUAUCUCCGGGGCUCUUAAUUUAAUUGUCUACCUUUACCUUUGAAACCACGCAGGCAGAGCCGAGAGAGUGUUGUACGGGUAUCUUUGGGCCUCCUAUGAAACCGGGUGUAGGUGGAAAGAGGCUGCAAAGAUUCUAAGCCCAAUGAACGAAGCUUCUGUUGCUGCUGCUCUUGGUCCCUGCGUGGCCGUUUGCGGGGCUGAGGGGGUAGGAGCGGGAGCCUCUCUCACCAGUGGUACAGUGCACGUUACUUGUUAGCUGGUUUGCAUGGUGAGUGUUUUUCUGGAAAGAUUGCUGACUCCCAACUCAUGGGAAAGACCCUGGGUGUUUGAGGCUUGGGAAGACCAUCAAACCACUCAGGGAGAAACCCAGAGAAGAGGGGUGGUUAUGGAGCAGAACCCUCGAUCUCCAGGGGGGGUGGCAGAGCCCCAGAAAGCAACCAGGAUCCAGGUAUAAGACAAGUUUGCACCAUUCAUGUUCUCUGAGGCUGUGGCCUGGCGACAGACCGUUUGAAGUGGUGCAGGUGAUGCCCUCUGGAGGCAGGGAUCCUCACGCCUCUCUUCUAUACACGCCUGGGCUUUCUUCCCAGUGCCGUGGGGCUCCUGUGCCUGGAAUCGAGACCUCGACGAGGAGCAGCCUGUGUUCCCUUCCCUGCAGCAGCCAUGGCGGAGCACCUGGAGCUGCUGGCGGAGAUGCCAGUGGUGGCCAGGAUGAGCACCCAGGAGCGGCUGAAGCACGCACAGAAGCGCCGGACGCAGCAGCUGAAGAAAUGGGCACAGUUUGAAAAGGAGGCUCAUGGCAAGAAGGCCAGAGCAGAAAAGAGGAAGAAAAACAGCAGCAGGGAGAAGCGAGUGCUGUUUCCGGAGAGCAUCAAGCUGCUGGAGGCAGCAUCUCGCAAUGAUGUGGAGGAAGUUCGCCAGUUCCUUCAGCGUGGCAUCAGCCCCAAUUUGUACAAUGAAGAUGGCCUCACUGCAUUGCACCAGUGCUGCAUCGACGACUUCGGGGACGUGGUCGCGCUGCUGCUGGAGGCCGGCGCGGAUGUCAAUGCCUGCGACAGUGAGCUCUGGACGCCGCUGCACGCCGCUGCCACCUGCGGGCACCUGCACCUGGUGGAGCUGCUGAUUAAACAUGGUGCCAAUCUCCUGGCAGUUAACACAGACGGGAACAUGCCGUAUGACCUCUGCGAGGACGAUGUGACAUUGGACUACAUUGAGACGGCCAUGGCAGAUCAGGGAAUAACUCAGGAGAAGAUUGAGGAGGCCCGAGCCGCCACGGAGCACAGCAUGGUGGAAGAUAUCCGAAAGCUGCUUCAGACAGGUGCCGAUCUGAACACUCCACUUGACCAUAGUGCCACUCUGCUCCACAUUGCCUCAGCAAACGGCUACCUGGAAGCUGCCGAGCUGCUGCUGGAACACAAGGCCAGCAUGAGCGCGAAGGACAACGAUGGGUGGGAGCCUCUCCAUGCCGCCGCCUGCUGGGGGCAGAUCCAUCUGGUGGAGCUGCUGGUGGCCCAUGGAGCUGAUCUCAAUGGGAAGUCUGUGCUGGACGAGACGCCCUUGGACGUGUGUGGUGACGAGGAGGUCCGGGCCAAGCUGCUGGAGCUGAAGCACAAGCAUGAUGCCAUCAUGAAGUCUCAUGACAAGCACAAGUCGCUGCUGCAGCGACGCACCUCCAGUGCUGGCAGCCGAGGGAAGGUGGUGCGGCGGGUCAGCGUGACGGAGCGCACCAACCUCUACCGCAAGGAGCACGAGAAAGAGGCCAUCGUCUGGCAGCAGGUGGCGCACCGGGAGAACGAGGCCGAGCUUGAGGACGAGGACAAGCAAACGGACGCUGAGCUCCAGCAGCACCUCCCCCAGGGCGCUGAGGCAGAAGUGGCAGGUCCAGGGGCCUUGGUGGGAGACAAGCAUCAGAAUCCGGGGCUGACCCAGAGAAAUGGAACUGCGGGCUCUUCUGCCGCCGGCCCCCCCAAACACCUCUACUCCAAGCGGCUGGACCGCAGCGUCUCCUACCAGCUGGCCACCCAAGAGGAGCUGUCGGCCGACCUGUGCAAGGAGAAGUCCCACCACACGCUAGCGGACCUCAAACGCCAGCGGGCAGCUGCCAAGCUCCAGCGACACCACCCAGAGGACUACCCUCCUACCGAGGGCGAGGGCCCCCUCUCGCCUGGCCUCGCUGAGACCCUGCGCGGCAGCGGUCACCCCCGCUCGGACUCGGAGCAGAACUCCGUGUACUACACGGCAGCCAGUGGCGAUCCACCUCUUCUGAAGCUGACGGCCCCGGCCGAGGAGACCCCUGCUGAGAAGAAGCGAUGCUGUAGGCUGAUGUGAGGCGCUGGCAAGAGAAGAUGUUUGUGGGGCACGUCCCCUCCCUGGCAUUGAUGGAUGGCGCUAAUGUCCCAUGGGGCUGCCUCUGGAACGCUGCAGCAGGACGGGUUCUGGGAGCUGGUUUAUCUUCCAGGGACGACUCCAUGUUCAAGACCCAGACACCAGUCAAAGAGGCCGGGCUCCAAGUGCCCCAUCGAGGGCUGCAUGGGCAGCAGGCUGGGAGCCAGAGGGCUGCACAAAUGGAAGCAGAAUGCAAUGACCUUCAUUGUCAGUACAGAGAUGUGUCCUGGAGCAUCUACAGCUCCCAGCAUGCAAUUUUCCAGUCCUUGCUUGGGUCAACCCAUAGAGCGUUGCAUGCUGGGACGUGUAGUCGCAGAGGGCUGCAUCUCCGUUGGACAUGGUGGCGUUGAAUGUUGCGCAAGACAUGCUGGGCUGCGCUGGGUCAGCUGGAGGGUCCCUCCCAGGGCGGCUGUUUGUCUGGGGUCUGUGUGUGGUUCCUAGGAAGGAGUGAAAAGCCUAUGGGAGGCCUCAGAGCACGGCAUACCAUGCAUACAGCACUGGGGGGCAAGGGGACGUCCCCAUGCUUGCCUGACACUAAGGCAAAUGGCGGCAAUGAGGUGAGAACGGUUCUCUUGUAGCCCAGCAGUCCCCUCCUAGGCUGGGCUGCACAGAAGCUGUCCUGGUUUAACUAACGUGCGUUUCAAACAAGAUGGAAAGCUGUGUAGGUCCCCAGGCACGCCCAUUCAUGGUGGUUUACAACUGGCUUAUAUCCCACUCGCUGGCUUGGAUUCACUAAAGGAAGCGCUGGACUGAGCCCGGCCGUGCGCUGGAGCAAGGCCAUCGGCCGUCAUUCCUAUCUUUUCCUCCAGCAGGGUUAACCGAACCCUGAAUUCAGUGCGGCCCCACACAGCCUUGCACUGAACCAGCCAAAGGUGCUGACGGACGCUGAGUUCACCACUUCGGUGCCAGUCUGAGUGUGGGUCCGCCCCAAACCGCAUGGAUAGAAGCUCGUUGUAAACCAGGAUGUGUCCACGUGGCACUGUGGGUUCAACUACAUUAAUCUGAACUCCUGUGCCCCAUAUGGUGCGCCACGCCAUGGUGCCGUAUGCCCUCCCCCACCAGAGGGCACCACGCCAUGGUGCCGUGUGCGCCCCCAGAGGGCACCAUGCCACGGUGCCCUGUGCCCUCCGCCCCCAGAGGGCACCUGGUGUAGGCUGUGUGCCCAGCCCCUUGUGACCUCCUGCCCUCAGCAAUAAAAUCACUUCAGCAAAGCACCUUACCCCAGGACCCAGCACAGCCCAUUGAUGGGUCUAUGCACCUGCUGUGCUGACAGCUCUCCCCAUGAAACAGCCUGCGAGCGGGAUGGGGGAGCUGGUUUCUGGCCCCUCAGUCCAUCUGCCGGGGGCAGUGGUGGGGGGCUGAUUAAUCUGUAAUGGUCUCUAGCCGCCCCGUGCCUGGGCCCUGGACAGCAUCCCGCUGCUCCCCAUUGCUCAUGCGGGGCUCAAACAGGGCGUGCUGAUGGCACCCUUCUCAUCUCCUGUUCUCUGCAGAGACGCCAGCCCCCCGCAUGUCCCCUCCCUGCGCAGGUGGGACAUGGGUUUUUUUUGUCCUGCUGCUGCAUGAGGCUCCAAGGAGCCUUGUGUUGAGCCCUGCACCUCCACCCAAGGGCAGCAUUGGCAGCUUCUCAGGCGGCCGAGGGCUACCCCAACUUCACGCCCAUAGAGGGGUGCCCUCAGGGGCCCGGUCCCAGUGUGCCAACUCCCAUGUGAGCUCAGCAAAAGCCCCUUUGGCCUACUGCGGAGGAUGGCAUGCUGGAGCUUGGAGGCCUGUCCCUCUCUAUUAAUGACUGGGGGGGGCUGUGGCAGACUUCUGCUGCCCCUAGGGCCUCAGGCUCCAUCCUCUCAGCCUGCCGUGGGGUUGCUGAGGCGCUGGGCUCUACAAUUAGAACUUCAGGAGGCAGGUGGAGUGGAAGUGGAAGAGCUUCAGCUAGAAACAUUCUCGCCUUUCAGCCGCAAUAAGGAACACGCUGCCCCCUGGGAUCCAGCCGGCUGCAGGGGGCGUCCCUCUGGUGGGUGGCUCUCAUGGUUUGCAAUAGCUCAUCCCCUGGAUGGGAUUGUCACCCUCUCGCUUAUUUCUCUCUGCCGCGGUGCAUCUAGCCGUGGCUGUUCAAACCCACGCGCUAGGCCUCUCUUCCCUUUUUCCCCCCCCUCAGGGCCCGAGAAGCAUCAGCCAGCCCCAUCUCACCAGCCGAAGAUCAGCCCUUGCACAGGUGCCGGAGCAGCAGAGCCCAGCUAGAUGCAAUGCUGCCCACUGGCUGGGGGAAAGCAGGUGACCUUCAACCCCACCUGUGAAUGCUCUGGGGAACCCCCUUAAGCUCUGACCCUCCAGCUUCAAGAGUGCAGCUCUAGGCUGAACUUGUGUUAACCACGGGGCCAGUGAAUCUUUCCUUCCACGGUGGUUCUGCUCUGAGAGCCUCCUGCCUUUCCCUGGGAGAUACAACUGCAGGGAGCUCUGUGCUCGCCAGCGAGGGCGGCUGCUGGGACUGGACUCUUCGUGGUGCGUUUGUACAGCGGCGCCGCACAUGUCUUGUACGGAGCACUCUCCUUUGGAUCACAGUCCAGUUCACGGAGUUCUGUAGCGUUGGUUCCAGCCCCAUCGAGCCGCAGGCUGCCGGCCCGUGGGUUCGGAGGCACUGAUUUUAUACUUUGACACAAUCUUUCUUGCUCUCACCAGGUUUGGAUUUGUAGCUCCUGUUGUCUCUAUUUCCUUUCCACAAUAAACCAGCAUUGGACAGCUAA